CCGAAUUUCGAAAUCAGCAUGAACGCAGCCUUAAGGAUAUGGUGCAUUCAAAAGAACAGCUUAUUUUUUAUUUCUAUUCUCAGUUGCUGCAACUUUGGUACGCGUGGAGCAUCAAUAUCGCAACCAUAGCAUUUUUGGCAACCAUGUCAUCUACAAACUAUCUAACGUAACUGUGAUAAAUGAUAAACUGUUGAAGGAGAGAGUCGUGCUGACCAAUGCAAGAGUCGUGCUGACUAAUGCAACGUCUUGUAAGUGGCCAACACUUGAAAACGGCGUAAAAUAUCUAUUUGGAGGGCGUGGCUAUGAACAAUAUCUUUACGUCGGCAAAUGCGGCGUAAUCAAAAGAUGGGAUACGGUUCAGCACAGGAUCAAUGGCUUAAAUUCUGAAACCACAUCUUGCGUCAUGGAAUUACUACGUAAAAUUCAAAAAUACGAAAAGCCACGGAAAACAUACAAAAAGCCAUUCCCCCUUCUUUUUCCAACAGUAACUGUCCAGUGA